AAAAUAAUUGUUUGGUCAUUGGUCGUAAUCAUAGAAAUUGCAAAAUAUUACAUUGCGGUUUUAAUUUACGAGUUUGUUUACCAUUGCUAAAUAAUGGUUAGUUUUGCUCCUGACGAGAUAGGCUUAGUAGAUCAGUCGCCAUGUGCCGGUAUACGUGCAGAUUUAAAGUCAUGUUUAUUAAAAAGUGAUUGUUGCAAAAAGGACAAAAAGACACCAAGGGAAUGUUUAAAAGUUGGCUUAGUGCCUGAAGAAUGCUUACAAUUGAGACAAAGCUUCUUUGAGUGUAAACGAUCUUUACUAGACAAUAGAAGAAGGUUUCGAGGUCAUAAAGGAUAUUAAGAUAUAUUAUUUUAAACAACUUUAUUAAGUGUUUAGUUCAUGAUUCAUUACCUAUUGAAGAUUUAAAUACAAAAUAAUGCAGAGUAAUAGGUACUUAAAACUGGUCUUUUUUUAGUUGUAAGUCAUUCCCUUCAAUGCAGUUUACUAUAUAAUAUUUUCAAUUCUUUAUAGUUUAGUUAAAUGUGUAUUAGUCAUGUAAUAUUCCAUAAAACUCAAUACCAGGAUUUUCUGGGCUAGAGAUAUUUAAGGGUCAAAGAAAAACUAUAACUAACUACUAGGCCAUAAAAAUAAAAAGUUAUCAGUAUUUAAGGCAAAAUAAAAUUCCAGGGUAUUUUCAUACAUUUCUACUGAAUUGUUUCACUUGUAAGCUGAACCAAUAAAUUUUAUGACUGUAAUUUAUUUGACUGUGACAUGGUUUUAUAAUAAGUUCUAAUGGUAAGACAAUACCUGCCUGAUCUGUACUAUGCCUCCAGGUAUAAUAAGCAUUAUUAUAGAUUUUAAAGGCAUUAAAGUAGUUUCUCAAUUAGGAGUUUGAAAUCAGUAUAUAGUUUAUUGUUUCUACCCAGGACCCAGAAAGUAAUAAAUUCUUAGUUUAACCUUUUUUGUGCUAUGUAUCUAACCCAUGUUAAAUCUUUAUCUUUAUGUAUGUACAUUAUGUAAUACUUUUUACAAUUUAAAGGUAGAAAAUUUAUUCCAUUUAAUGUGAACAUAACCCAUUUUAACCUGCAAGUAUUAAUUAAACUAUACCUUUAACUUCAAAGUUAAAUUAUUCAAUAUGUCAUUAUGUAUAAAGAAAUUCUAAAUUAUAUAAUUAUAAUACAAAAUAAAUAAUUCUGUUAGAAAAGUACUGUAGUAGACUAACUAUUGGAUUAUUGAAAUUGUUUUGUGGAGAGAAAUCGUAGUUUGCCUAUAAACAGUAUUUUUUUUAAAGCAAAAAAUUCUAAAACUAAGUCUUCAAUAGUAAAAUCGUGACAGUAGUAAUGUGUAUUAACAAAAAUACAAUGUUGAAAAGUAUGUACUAGGUACAUUGUUAAAUAUAUCGUUACGAAAA